AUGCCAGUUCCAUUUGGUUUCUCGGUCGGCGACUUCGUGGCUGUGAUACAGCUCACAGGCAAAAUAAUCUCGUCACUAAAAGGGGUUGGGGGCUCUGCUUCGGAGUACCAACAUGCUGUUGUUGAACUGGAAAGCCUCAAAAGAUUGCUCGAGAAAGUGACAAAACUGACCAUUACCGAAGACAAUGCGGUACAAGUCAAUGCCCUCCGCGGCCUGGCCUUGGCUUGCGAGCCUUGUCUCCAAGAGUUCUACCAAAAGCUCAGGUCUUACGAAGCAUCAAUUGGGCCAUACGCGCCGAGAGGCCGCCUCAAGGGUGCCUUCCACAAGGUCAAGUGGGCUUUUCUGGGAUCGGAAGAAUUCAGCCAAUUCCGCAAGUUCAUUGCAAUGAAAGUACUCUGCUUGAGCCUCUUGCUUUCCAUGCACAUAUUUGAAUCUGCUUCGACCAGAAACUCACAGGAGCACAUUGCGCACUUUAGCCUCCUCGACGAGAUUACAAAACUUAGAGAAAGCAUGGAAAGACUGGAGCUCGCGAAUCAGCAACGGAGUUCUCAUCUCGACCACGAGGCCAGCCUACGACCCAUACAAGAUAAGGUCGAGGACAUUGCUGCACGAUUGGAGAGCCACCUGACUCCUGUCUCAAGUGCACUGACUUCGGUCGGGAGAGCAGUCUUCGGUUUCCAUAACGUCCUUGGACAGAUUAUAGAUUUCCUCGGCUCCUUCCGGCGGGAGACAAAAGUGGCGCUUCAGAGGAUCAUUCAAACUAAUAUGCAGAUAUAUGCGUUGCUUCUAACGAGUCAGAAUAGUCCUGGACACAGUCCGUCGAUGCUUUCUGACGCUAUUCUCUUUGAAGACGCCCUCGGUAGGACAGUUUCACUUCCCUAUCAAUGGUUCCGUCACUGGGAGGCUUUCGAAGGCCUCCUCCGCGCCGAAUUCAAGGGCAUCCCUGGUGAGGCCAAAGUGUUGGAAGGGCAAUACCAUUUGAUUGACACCAAAGGGGGUGGGGCCAUCAUCAAAAAGCAAGACUGGCAUAGAACAGUGUUUCCAGGGUCUUCAGUGACUAUGUCGGUGAUCAUCUCCCAGAUUCGCUGGCAGGGCGGGUUGUGCCCACGCCCAAGUUGCGCAGAGCCACGUAUCGACUUGGACCACCCACGGGCAUUGGUUACGUGUUGCGGCUUGAAGUAUUAUCCGUCAAGAGAGAGACUCGAAGGCAGCACAAAGCGAGUUACUGUCCUGACAGAAGAUGACGAAGUGAUAUGGUCACAGAGCACCCAAGAUCUCGAGAUCUUUGGGGCCAGACCACUUCCUAGAGAUCCAGAGGAAUCGACGGCGAUCCUGGCGCUAUUGCAAUCCACCGAUACACCGGCUGUGGACGAAGAAAUCUCGUCAGUACACAACGCAACACAGGCGAACUCUUACGGUGAAAAGGAGCCAACUUCAUACGAGCCAACAGGCGGACCCGACUUUCAGAAACCCAAGGUGGGAAAGACCAGAACUUCAGACAAGUUACAUUCCGAGUUCGAAACGCCGUUGGACAACUGGCUCGCCCAGACUGAGUCUGUGCACCUCGAACCCAACAUGUUAUCAAACACCCCGGUAGUAGAUACGACGAGACAGGAUGAGGAGGCAUCCGAGAUUGAGCAUUUCCGACAAGUUCAUAUCAAGCAAUGGACGAAUGACGCUGAUCGCAACAACGACAAAAAGACAGGCGCCGAUGACCUUGAAUGGGGAGCGGAAAUCGAUGAGGCAAUCUACCACCGCAACAUCUGCGAUAGAUUCCCUUUGAUCCCAUCGUACCUAGCUCAUCGCCUAGCACGGUUUAAUCUCAUGGCAUGGACAGCGAGAGCGUUGAGUGUCAUUCCGUCGGCGAUAGCCUUCAUUGCCAACCGGCUCUCCGGUUCCAUAGCGAUGACGGGCAGAACCAAGGUGAUCGACGUGGGAGCUAUGCUCGCGACUAUACAGACCAGCCAUACUCUUCAGACAUUGAUCAGGACCCAGCUCCCGCUGACGCUUCAGAAAAUAUAA